CAUCUGGCUAAAUGCUACAUUUAUGCUAGGAUUGUGCUAACAGCCUUGUCUUUUUCCAUCUGCCCUCUACAGGUCAGUCAAGGAAAUGUCCCUGGCGUGGAAAGUGCUUCCCUGGCCAUGGACACAGAGGAAGGCGUUGAGGUGGUGUGGAACGAGGUUCUCUUCUCAGACAAAAAGGUCUUCAAAGCACAGGAGGAAAAAAUCAAAGAGAUGUUUGAGAACUUGAUGCAGGUCGAACACCCCAACAUUGUUAAGUUCCACAAGUACUGGCUGGACAUGAAGGAGACCCAGGCUCGGGUCAUUUUUAUCACUGAAUACAUGUCUUCAGGGAGCCUCAAGCAGUUCCUGAAGAAGACAAAAAAGAACCACAAGACCAUGAAUGUGAAGGCCUGGAAGAGAUGGUGUACCCAGAUCCUGUCAGCACUCAACUAUCUGCACUCCUGUGACCCACCGAUAAUCCACGGCAACCUAACCUGUGACACAAUCUUCAUCCAGCACAACGGGCUCAUCAAGAUUGGCUCAGUGUGGCACCGGCUGUUUGUUAAUGUGUUCCCAGACGCCAGUGUCCACAGCAAAGGAAGGCAACACCGGGAUGAGCAGAGGAAUCUCCAUUUUUUUGCUCCUGAAUAUGGAGCUGGUGAGGAUGACUACUCCAUAGACAUUUUCUCCUUUGGCAUCUGCGCCCUAGAGAUGGCAGUACUGGAAAUUCAAGCCAAUGGAGAUUCUGCUGUAUCCAAGGAGGCCAUUGUGAAUGCAGGUCAAUCUUUGGAAGACCCUCUCAUGAGAGAGUUCACGCAGUCGUGUUUGCGUCAUGAUGCCAACCUCCGUCCCACAGCUCACGACCUUCUGUUCCACAGAGUCCUGUUCGAAGUCCACUCCCUCAAACUGCUCGCCGCCCACUGCCUCAUCAACAACCAGUAUUUGCUUCCUGAGAACUGUGUGGAGGAGAAAACAAAGUCGUUUGACCCCAACGCUGUCAUGGCAGAGAUUAGACAUGAUGACAGACCCGGAGUUCAGCUCAAGUAUUCCCAUGUUUCCCCUUUAGAGCUUGACAAGUUUCUGGAGGAUGUCAAGAAUGGGAUUUACCCCUUGAUGAACUUCGCCACGUCCCGGCCUCACCCCGUCCCUCGAGCUCUGUCCUUGUCUCAGGAGCAGGUUGAGACGGUGAAGACACCGACUCCUGAACCCCAGGAGACAGAAACGAGAAAGGUUAUUCAGAUGCACUGUAAUUUGGAAUCAAAUGAAGAAGGGACCAAAACUCAUCUCUCAUUGUUUCUGAAGAUGGACGACAAACUUCAUCGGCAACUAAGCUGUGACAUCUUUCCAACGGACACUCCAAAAGACCUCGCUAGUGAACUCGUCCACUACGCCUUCAUAAAUGAGGAGGACAGUGAGAAGGUAGCUGCAUUCCUGGAGGACUCCAUCAGUCGACACCGGGUCCGCGCGCUGGCUGCUGGGAGCAACCAGUGACAGCGGUGUCGCGACAGCAGCUGGGACUGAUGAAGGAGGUUCCCCCUCUAGGGGACGUUGAGCACACGGGUGGAGAAAGAGAGGGAAGCAGACAGACAGCUGUGGAAGACAUUGUCCAGGACGCUAAACGGGACAGAGGGUGAACGCUGAAACGCUUUGAAAGUCAGUAAAUUAUCCCAAUUAGUUGGAAGGAAAACGACAGCAGCGAGAGUGAAACCGAAGGUGUUUCUGGUUGGAGGACUGGAAACGCCUCGUAGCGAAGUCCACCUUCCCCACAGAGCAGUGGCUGAUCCACAGAGUCCCUGCCUAAAAGGGCUACCAUGCCUUACACAUUCAGUUUUCCGUAAUGUGACGUUUGAGAAAGACAUUGUACUGUUCCAAGCCUCCUUUUGCACUCCAGUGCCCAUUUUUAUUGACUCACAAACAGAAACAAGUGAUUUCCUAAAGCCUCCGUCCCUCUCAAGCCUUCAGCCAUCACAGUUUUCAGGAAUUUUAUAUUCCACCCAUCAUGCACUGUUAAUACUCAUCCAGUUAUUUAUUUCUACCCCGUAACUGUGAACCGUAGAAACAUUGC